AUGGCUGCGUUCCUUUCUCGUCUACCUUCGAUACCGUAUCCGCCCGAACAGGAUGGAUGGUUCUCUCCAGUCACAUCUACCCUCGACUGGUGUGAAGAGAACUAUGUAGUGACACAGUACUCGGCAGAAAUUAUCAACACACUCACGAAUCUUCUGUUCAUGUACCUGGCAGCCAAAGGUAUACGCAACUGCUUAAAGAAUGGACAUGACACAGUUUUCCUCGUGGCAUUCAUUGGCUACUUGCUCGUUGGGACUGGAAGCUUCCUCUUUCACGCGACACUGAAAUAUCCCAUGCAGCUUGUAGAUGAGCUCUCGAUGAUCUACACAACGUGUUUGAUGAAUUUUGCAACAUUUUCGUAUGGAAAGUCACGGCUUUACUCUACUGUUCUUGCGGUUGGACUGGUGUCUCUCGCCGUCUUCAUUACGCUAUAUUACCAUUACCUCCAGGAUCCAACCUUCCAUCAAAACGCCUACGCGCUCCUCACAGCAAUCGUGCUGUUUCGGGCCAUUUAUGUAAUGGAGGUGAAUAUCCGCCCGCGCUUCCGGUCCAAGGAGAGGGAAGCUGCGAACCCGCGUCCGCAUAGAGGUGUGAAGGCGGUUCAAGAAAGGGAGGACGUGCGGGACCAGGAGAUUCUCAGUACCAUGUGGAAGAUGAUUACAUUUGGUCUAAGCAUCUUCUUGGGUGGUUUCGCAGUCUGGAGUCUCGAUAACGAGUACUGCUCGAAGUUGAUCAAGUGGAGGAGGGAGAUUGGUAUGCCCUGGGGCUUCGUACUGGAGGGUCAUGGGUGGUGGCAUCUCAUGACGGGAACCGGAGCCUACUACUACAUCGUGUGGGGUGUGUGGCUUCGACAUUGCCUUAACUACAGACAAGACGAGUACGAGCUGGACUGGCCCAACUUCUGGACGAUGCCGCAGGUUAUUAAGCGACAAGAAGCGUUGAAUAGAGGUCAUGUGAAUGGCUCUACGAAGAAGGAGCUGUAA